AUGGUAAAAACAAUCAAAGUAAUUGGUUGUGCUGGAGUUGGCGCUAUACUUAUCCUCCUGCUGCCACUGUGCCUCCUCCGUACCGAGAGGCCAUUGAAUGGUAAUGGCACCCACUCACUGGCCAGCAAUUCCGCUCCUCCUGCUCCUAUGGCUCCUGCUUCUCCUCCUCCAGUUGAAACGACAACAGAGUCAAUGAGACGACUGCACCGCCAAAAGCGCUACCUGCUCUUCCCGGAGGGCUCCUCCUUCCAACUGGUGUUCGACAUCAUCAUCCCCAUCAUAGACUACACUAACUACGCCAUCCUGGGCAUCACCUGCUCCGUGGCCUGGGAGCUGCCCAGUAAGCCGCCCAGCGAGCUGAUUGAAAACGUGCUUACUCGAAUCAACGACGGCACCAUCGGCACUGUCCGGCGGAAUGGCAGCGCCCCCGAACCUGAACCAGGUACACCACAGGCGUUCCUGCCUCAUCCUCCCCAGCAGCUGGACAACGGGAGCCCUGUUAAUUGGCAGGCAGUCCACGCACCGCCAUCGAAUCCAUUGGCAUAUGCGGCCAAUGACCAUGGCCGCCAUUCGUACUACACGAAUAUCCAGCGAAAUAUCCCUGACGCAUUCCCAUAUGCAAAUGCGAAUGCGAAUGUUGAUGCGGAUGCAAAUGCGAGUGGACAGCAGCGACAGGAGCCGAUGCCUGCUAAUUGGGAUGCGCGGCAGUCGGUGGGAAAGUGGCAGCAAAAGGGAGCUGGAGCAGGAGCAGGAGCUGCCGGUUUGGGUGUGGACAACUGGUGGACACGAAACGGGCAGCGGGUACAGCAGAACUGGCGUGAAAAGCAGCGCAUGUGGGGCCCUUCAAAGUGGAACUCUGGUUAUACCCAACGUCCACGGCAAAUACUACAGUCCCCACCAAAGCAUCAUAUAUAUCCUGUUUUUGCCAGGCGCCGGAGACGACGAAGUCCUGAAAUCGCCGAGGAUUUUCACUUUGAGCGCUUCCACCUGCAGCAUCACCUCAGUUCCCGCCAGUUACUCCUCGGCAAGAUCGAGCGUCUGUACAAGUCGCGACGACUGAAUGGCACCUCCUGCGUGCAGAGAGCCCUCUGCGAAUCCGCUCAAAGGCAGCAAAGGAUUGGGGAUGAGCCUCAGAGCUUUAUAAUGGAACUCCUUUCGGCCAUCUUUCAGCUGCCCAGCGGCGAGGACAUCCACGAGCCUGCGGACCUUGAGCUUAUGAUGUCACCACACUAUCUGGAGGCACAUAAGCAAAAGGGAAACUGCCGGCAGCUAUACAGUGACUGCAGUCACACAUUUUGGUCUGAAUAA